AUCACCCAAAAACAUUCCAAGAUUUUCUCCCCACAGGUUACUUUCCGCUAGCUGCUAUCAUCGUCUUGAACUAAAAUCGUACGUUUUCUAAUUAAUAAGAUUCCAAGGUUGUUUUUGACGACGAAUGUGUAAUCAUGAACCCAAAAGAAGAGUGCUAUCCAGGUGGAUCAUCGUCACUGUCAUCGUCGUCGUCGUCGUCGUCACGAUUACGUAAUGAAGGGUCUCAUUAUCAUCAUCGUCAACUUCUUCUUCUUCCAUCUGCUGCUGCAGGUUCUUCUUCUUCUUCAUUAUCUGCAGCAGCAGGUGAUGAUGAUCUUCAUAAUUCUAAUGAUGUUGGUGCAGUACGGCCGAUAGAGGGGCUGCACGAGGUGGGCCCGCCCCCGUUUCUAACGAAGACAUUCGAGAUGGUGGAUGACAUAGCCACAGACCAGAUUGUCUCGUGGAGCCGAGGUGGUCGUACCUUCGUUGUCUGGGAUCCCAAUGCCUUCUCCAACGCCAUCCUUCCUUCUUAUUUUAAGCACAACAAUUUCUCCAGCUUCAUCAGGCAAUUGAACACCUACGGAUUUAAGAAAAUGGAUGCAGACAAGUGGGAGUUCGGGAACGAGGCCUUCCUGAGAGGGCGAAGGGAUCUUCUGCAAAUUAUCAGAAGAAGAAGGACUUCUCCGACGCAACAGCAGGGGGCGGCUAAUAACUCCGACGACCACGACACGGCGGAGGUGGAGCGGCUCCGCCGUGAGAAGAAGGCGCUGCUGGCGGAGCUGCUGCAGCUGCGGCAGCAGCACCAGACCACGCGAGAAUACGCCCGACAAAUGGAGGCCAGGCUGCGGGGGACCGAGCGGAAGCAGCAGCAGAUGAUGAGGUUCCUCGCCACCGCGAUGCAGAAUCCCGACGUCGUCCGCCGCCUGCAGAUCAGGCCCGACACCAAGAAAAAGCAGAGGAUAGGGCUCGACGCCGCCGCCGGAGAGUACAGCCGGCGGCCGCCGGUCAAAUUGGAGGAGAUGGAAUUUUGGGAUGGCUGUUAUGGACUGGACCAGGGACAGGUGUCGGAGCUGGAGGUCCUGGCCCUCGAAAUGCAAGGGCGGCGGCGGCCGCCGCCGAAAGAGGAGGAGGGGGAAAUGGACGGUGAUGAUCAAGAACUGCAUUUAAGGUUUAAUUGUGAUAGGGAGGUUUUGGAUGAUGGGUUUUGGGAGGAAUUAUUGAGCAGUGAUAAGCAGGGAUUGGAGCAGGACGAGGAAGAAGGAGAUGGUCAAACUAAAGUGAAUAUGGAAGAGUUGACUGAGAGGUUGGACUUUUUGUGUUCAGGGUCAACUCCUAAGACCAAGCAGUAGUGGAGGCAGUAGUAGUUGAGUAACUUUGUUGUAGUAUGUGUUAAUUUUCAAGUGGGUAAGUUUUUGGACUUUAUAUGGGCAGGCCCAGUUGAGAAGACUUCCUAAGAUCGGCUCAGUAUGGAUAAAGCCCAAUAUAUGUAUGGGCCUUAUUGGGCCUUUAGUAAGACAUGGGCUCAAACAAAUAAUUAAUAUUGCAGAAAAAACGGGGUGGGAAUUACGCCUACAUUAUGAAAGUAGUAUAACGUAGUUAGUACAAAGGUGCGUUGUGGUGUGUACCAAGUUGAAAUGAUGUAUUUUAUGUAAUAAGGCAGAGGAGAAUCUGGCAAUAGAAGGAAGACCCGUGAAGGAAAUAGUAAAGGGCUGAGUGGGUGGGUCCCACUCUCUAUCUCUAUCUCAAUAUCAAAGGUGUGUUUUUAUUACACAUAUUUUCUUUUAAGAAAAAUUAAUA